CGGGCGUAUGGCUCCCGCGUCCCGGCCGCCGCCAUGCACCUCGCGGGCCCCCCGGCCGGCCCGGGCCCGCGCCCCGCGCCGCGCCGUGCCCGCCGGCCCCCGCUCGCGCGCCCCACCGAGCCGCCGCGGGCGCCCGCACCCGGUGCCCCCGCCGCGCGCCCGCUGCCCCCCGCGCCCGGGUCGCGGCCGCGCGUGGCCGUGAAGAUGGCCUUCCGCAAGGCCUACUCCAUCAAGGACAAGCUGCAGGCCAUAGAGCGCGUCAAGGGCGGCGAGCGGCAGGCCAGCGUGUGCCGCGACUUCGGCGUGCCCGGUGGCACGCUGCGCGGCUGGCUCAAGGACGAGCCCAAGCUGCGCUGGUUCCUGGAGCAGCUGGGCGGCGAGGUGGGCACGCAGCGCAAGAAGAUGCGGCUGGCCAACGAGGAGGAGAUCGACCGCGCCGUGUACGCCUGGUUCCUGGCGCUGCGCCAGCACGGCGUGCCGCUAUCGGGGCCGCUCAUCCAGGCGCAGGCCGAGGCCUUUGCGCGCCAGAUCUACGGCCCCGAGUGCACCUUCAAGGCCAGCCACGGCUGGUUCUGGCGCUGGCAGAAGCGCCACGGGAUCUCCAGCCAGCGCAUCUACGGCGAGGCCGAGCCCCCGCCUCCCGCGCCCGGCCCGCCGCCGGCUCCCGACCCGCCGGUCAAGGAGGAGCCCACCCUACGGCUGCCUGGGGGCGCGGGGCCUUUCUCGGCCCGACCGCCCGCCCCGCUGCCCCCCGCCAACGGCGGCUACGGCGACGAGCAGAUCUACAACGCCAACGUCACCGGCCUCUAUUGGAAGCUCCUCCCCGAGCAGGCGGCGCCCCGGGGCGCAGGGGACCUCGGGGGAGGGGGCUGCGGGCGGCGCUGGCGGGGCGACAGGGUGACCGUGCUGCUCGCCGCCAAUCUGACCGGCAGCCACAAGCUGAAGCCGCUGAUCAUCGGGCAGCUGCCUGACCCGCCCAGCCUGCGCCAUCACAAUCAGGACAAGUUUCCCGCCUCUUACCGUUACAGCCCGGACGCCUGGCUCAGCCGACCGCUACUGCGGGGCUGGUUCUUUGAGGAGUUCGUUCCCGGCGUCAAGCGCUACCUGCGCCGCAGCUGUUUGCAGCAGAAGGCCGUACUGCUGGUCGCCCACCCGCCCAGCCCGAGCCCGGCCGCCAGGACGCCGGCUCUGGGCGAGAGCGAGGAGACGCCCAGGCGGGCCCGACCCGAGCCCCCUGGGUCCCCGGAGGAGCUACAGACACCCGAUGGCGCUGUGCGAGUGCUGUUCCUCCCCAGAGGCAGCGGCCGGGCGCAGAUCCCCGCGCCGCUGGAGCAGGGCGUGGUGGCUGCCUUCAAGCAGCUGUACAAGCGCGAGCUGCUGCGCCUGGCCGUGUCCUGCGCGGGCGGCUCCCCACUGGACUUCAUGCGCAGCUUUAUGCUCAAGGACAUGCUCUACCUGGCCGGCCUCUCCUGGGACCUGGUGCAGGCCGGCAGCAUCGAACGCUGUUGGCUGCUGGGCCUUCGGGCCGCCUUCGAGCCCCGUGCCGAGGAGGCGCAUGGGGCGCCACCAGCCGGCCAGGCAGAGGAAGCAACCGAGCACAGCACGGUGGUCAGCGACCUCAACCAUCUGGCUGCACUGGCCUACAAGCGCCUGGCGCCCGAGGAGGUGGCCGAGUGGCUGCACCUAGAUGACGACGGGGGGCUGCCCGACAGCUCCCGAGAGGAGUCAGGCGCACGCCCGCCGCCCUGGCCAGCCCGGGAAGACCCUGCACCCCAGGCCAGCCUACCCCCGGGCAUGGGAGGCGGAGAGGAGGCGGGGUUGGGGCCUGCAGCGGCCGAGCGGGAAGGGGCCCCAGUGCCCACCGCUGGCGAGGCUAUUCGGGGUCUAGAGACGGCUCUUCGGUGGCUGGAAAGCCGGGACCCCGGGGAGGUGGGGCCGCUGAAGCUGGUGCAGCUGCGCUCGCUCAUCAGCAUGGCCCGGCGAUUGGGGGGCGUCGGCGGGGCAGUGCCGGAGGACGGGGUGUGACUAUCGGCCUGAGCGGCCCCCAGCGCCUUUUUUUUUCCUUUUCCACUUGCCGGAGGGAAUAUGCAGUCCAUCCCACUGCUCUCAGUCUCAGGGGGCUAGAAGAGUCGCCCAGGCAGCUCCCUGGGGGAGCACACGAAGGGCCGGGUCACGGUCUCAGCCAGGGUACCUGCAACAGGAUCCCGGCAAGCGUAAGCUUAGCGGCAGCACUUUCCCGUGCCCAGCCAGGCCCCCGUGGGACUGGCUCCCGAGGUUGGCGGGACUCCAGGCUGUGCCUGUCAGCACCCCCCCCCACCCCAAAUCGCCCAUCAUGUGCACUGGACAAAGGCCAGCACCCCAGAAGCAAAGCCCUGGUGCCGCGUGGUCUGCUGUGGUUGCCAUGAUCUUUCCUCACAGCUGUCAGAAGCUCAGUGGAGAAGCACACCACUUUUUUUUUAAACACAGCAGUACACUUUUUAAAAAUAAUCCUUAGAGGGGCCAUGAGAACAGGAGCAGGGCGGUGGUCUCUGGGCUGCACCACCAGUGGUGCUAGUCGAGUGCCAGGGUGGGCGGGGUAGGCCCCCUUAGUGAUCAGGGCCUGUGUGCAGCAGGGCUGCGUGUCUCUGUCCCGCUGGACGUGGGACUGCUUCAUUCCAAGCAGGUCACCUAUUCCCAGGGGUUGGCCAGUGUCUCUGAGGGGUGCCACCAGGGUCCCGCAGAGGGUGCAGCUCCCCCAGGCCUCCCCUGCCCCAAUGUGCCCCCUAGGGGUGCAAGUCAAGCAGUUGAGGGUACAAACACUUGUCUUCCUGGUAGAGCCUGGGCUUUGGCAGGCAGGGCGGCAGCUGGGGUGAGCACCCCGAAAAGGAAUUUCCACACGAAUCCAGGAACGUUAACGGUCCUCUUGAGCUGCCACCAUCCAGAACCAAAACGUCUAGUCAGAGCUGUGGGAAAGUGGGGAAUUUGGGAGCAAGAGAAGGAUGGUGUGGGCAUGGUGAGCCCUGUAGCAGCCUCAGGGCUAUCUGGCCAUCUGAGGCUCUCUCCCUUGGCAGCCUGGCUGGUUUCAUGAAGCUCAGUAUGUUUACAGUGGCUCUUGGGUCUCCAGCUGACAGCCAUUCAUUAUCCAGGGCAGGGAGCUGGCUGAGGGUGGUGCCAGGUGAGGGCCACUCAGCUGAGCCCUGACAGGCAGCUCAGGAGCUCUCUGUGAGGUUUCAGUCUCAAAUUGAAUGUUCUGUUGAGACCUUCCUGUUGGCCUGAGGAGGGGGCAGCUGUGGGGGUGCUGAGGAGCCCUCUUGUUACCUCCUGUGGCCCAGUCUGCUCCCCAUCGUGCCAGCCUCCUCCCAGCUGUCCCCUCUAGCUCUGGGAACCACACUGCACUGUCCCUGUGCCCUGGACAGGUGUGUCUGGUAGAUGGUGUGUGGACCGCUCCCUAGACUGCUGCCAGGUACAGGUGGUAACCUAGAAUUCCCCCAUGAGAGGGCCCAUAAGUGUCUUCCUUCUCGCACGGCUGCACCCUGUGUCCUGGGUGCUGCUGCGGGACAGGCUGCAGGCUCCAAGCCCCGCGCAUAAAGAAGGCUGCUCCAGCCCUCACUGUCCUCCACACCGAGGUGUGUCCCCAGCCUUCAGAGAGCCCAAACAGGAGCCAGAGGCUGUAACCUGCGCUCAUACCCCAACCUCCUGGUUUCAGUCCAGAGUCUGCAAAAGGCACCAUCCCCACCCAGCCUACUAUCCUGCUGGGCCCUGUGGGCAUUUAAGUUUGCAAGCCAGGUCCGUAAUAAUGAGGGUGAGGGAGUUGAUGCCUUGGGGUAGAAGCUGCUAGAAUCUCCCUCAACAGUCAUUGGCCACCUGCUGAUCAGGCCUUGUAUUGCAAACUGGGUUUCUUGCUACUUAUUACCUGCCAUCCUUGCAAGGGUGCAUGAGUACCCCCCAGUACUCUCAAACUUGGGGCCUGGCCUCUUGGCAUGAAAGCAGCUCUACAUAGUUGGGGUUGUGUCUGAGGCCAAGGCUUGAACUGAAAGGCAAGUCUCCUUGAAGGGGCUGCUGGCACAUGUCCACUUGGGAGCGGCAUGCUUGGUUGAGGGCUCAUCCCUUUAACCACCCAACCUCCCUGAAACUGAGUUCACCUGGUUAGCUGCCGCCCCUCAAUGGUGCUUUAUAAUAAAGGUUGAACAUGUCAACUUCAUAAGAUCAAAACUUUUUAAUUAUCAUUUUGUCAUUGUACCAUCCCCAAUCUAAAGUUUUAUUUUUAUAAUUUUAGAUCCAGUGCUUGGAUCGAGAACAUCCCAUUGUUUGAGAAAGUGGGGGGAGGGCAUAGAAAUGCAAAAAAAAAAAAAAAAAUUAAAGGAAAAAUCAGUGUCAA